AUGAAGGUCUACUCAGCUGCUCAGGGCCGUCUGGCGGACAUCUUUGUUGGGGUGGACGUGUUCGCCAGGGGAGAGGUGGUGGGAGGGAAGCUGUAGACUAAUAAGGUUAGAACUGGGAGGGUAGGAGGGGGAGGGUCUGGAGAUGGUCUGGAGAUGGUGGGGUGUGUGUCAGUGCUUAGUCACAGGUAUGUGUGUGUAUCUUCAUAUAGAAGUGGUUUAUUAUGGUGGUGUGUGUGUGUAACAAUAUAGAAACAUCUCUCUCUCGCUCUCUGUCUCUCUCAAUUUAAGGGCUUUAUUAGCAUGGGAAAUGUAUGUUAACAUUGCCAAAGCAAGUGAAGUAGAUAGUAAACAAAAGUGAAAUAAACAAAAAUUAACAGUAAACAUUACACACUCUGUUGCUCUCUGUGUCUCUCUCUUGCUCUCUGUGUCUCUGUCUCUGUCUCUCUCUCCCCCCCCCUUCAGGCUCUGGAGCUGAUUCGUAAACAUGACUUCUCUACGGCCAUCUUUGCUCCAGGCUGGGUGUACGAGACCAUCCCAGACAAGACUGACUUCAGGAAGGAACAGGACAAGUGAGAUUAACUUCUACUGCUUCUACUGUGUAAUGUAGUGCUGUGGUUGUUUUGGGGAUUUUGUGUGAUUUUAUAUCGAACGCCACACCUUAAGUGCCUUUGGGAAAUAUAAAGUGAUGCUAUCUAUCUAAGGACUGCAGAUGAGAAUAAGGUAUGUAGCAACAAUCUGGUGCAGUGUUUGUUAUACAUGUUCCCUGGACCCUGUCGAAUAAGACAAUAAAAUAGACAUUAUUUUCUAUCUUAUAAAGCGCUCACUCAUACCACACGUAGCAUAGCCACAGUCGAAAGUGACCCUCCUAUGUCAUAUCCUACAAUGUCACAUCCUGUUUCCUGUGUGCAGGUUCUGGUCUCUGCUGUCUGACUUCCUGUAUGUCCACCGGCCCUCGUCGCCCCUCCCUUUCAUCUCCUCCUUCUGCCAGGGUGCUGGGACCAGCCUCUACUGGAGGGGACAGGUACGAGGAGAGAGAGAGACUGUGAGAGAGAGUGUGUGAGAGUGUGAGAGUGAGAGAGAGCACAAACUCUAUAGAGAGACAGCAGGACCUAUUAUCAAAUCCUCCUAUCCCCUUUCACCAGGUCUACAUCCCUAGUUCCCAAAACAUUUUGAACACUGUCCCACCUUAAGCCUAUAGAACUUUAAUGUGACCCUCCAAAAUAGUCUCUUAAGCCAUGGCCCAGUAGCAUGACCAUAACCCACUAUGGGGUCCCAAGUCUACCCACCAUUUGGGUAACAACUAGGGCAGGCACAAAUACUAUGUAACCGACGGUUACGGAUGAAGACAGUCAUGAAAAUAAAAUAACUGUCAUAACCGUUGAAGAAGCGUGACUGAAGAUGUGACGACCGGGCAUUCGUGAGGUCGAGUAUGUUUUCUGCGAUAACAUGGACUGUUGACAACGUGAUGAAACUUUGUUGCCCCUUGCUGAAAUCUGCAAAGUGUUGUAGCAAACAAUGAAUAUAAUAGGCUUGGAACCUCUGAAGUUGGCAAUUUGACUGGUAAACUAAUGGGUUCACGAAAUUUCAUGACUAUUCAUGAGUGUCGACAUAGAACCCUUCGGGUGAUUGGUUGAGCCUUAUUGAGUGUGUGACGUCACACAGAUGUUCUACAGAGCCGUCUGUUUGGCUAGCUAGCGCCACCGGCAUGAGCAGUUAGCACCGACCAAAUGACUUGUCAAACCCCGCUUCAGCUUGAUCACCAAAUUAAUUGGGAAAUAAAUGAAAGCCUCACCAGCUAGCUACCAAUCUAUUUUAGUUUCACUGUCCGAUCAUUCAAAAAAAACGAGCCCACUAAUUGUUAUUUUUACCUUUCCACAAACGGUCUGUUUGCAUUGCUUGAUAUGAGCAAGUUAACCGAAACCUAUCAAAGAAUAUAAUAUAAUGGGUUUGACGACGAACAUGUAGUGAGGACCAGCCAACAAGAGCGUACAGGUCACAGUGGUGGGUAGUGUAUGGGGCUUUGGAGACAAAACGGAUGGCACUGUGAUAGACUACAUCCAAUUUGCUGAGUAGAGUGUUGAAGGCUAUUUUGUAAAUGACAUCGCCGAAGUCAAGGAUCGGUAGGAUAGUCAGUUUUACGAGGGCAUGUUUGGCAGCAUGAGUGAAGGAGGCUUUGUUGCGAAAUAGGAAGCCGAUUCUAGAUUUAACUUUGGAUUGGAGAUUCUUAAUGUGAGUCUGGAAGGAGAGUUUACAGUCUAACCAGACACCUAGGUAUUUGUAGUUGUCCACAUACUCUAGGUCAGACCCGUCGAGAGUAGUGAUUCUAGUCGGGUGGGCGGGUGCCAGCAGCGUUCGAUUGAAGAGCAUGCAUGCAAUCAAUAGUAGGUAAUGCGUCCACGAUUAGUUAGUGGCUACUGCCUGGUCUGGUCAGUGAUCAAGCUAGCUACAGUUAAGUAAUUAGCUAUCCUCCUAAAUGCGCUUGUCAGUGGAUAAACUAAGUUGAAAAUAUUUGUCUGAAAAUGACCUAGUCGCCAGUUAUAGUUGCUCUUGGUGGAAUCAUUUCUAGGUAGCCUGUAUGCCCGUGAGUUCCCAAGUCUAGAGAGCUGUGUAUUUUGGCAUCCACGAUUAGCUAGCUAACUAAGUAGUUGGCUACUGCAUGUCCAGUGUGAGCCAGAAUGCUAGCUACAUUUCAGUCAGUAGCUAUCCUUCUAAAUGUGGUGGUCACUGGAUAAACUAGCCAUGAGUUGAACAUAUUUGGCUGAAAACAAACUAGUAGCCAGUUGUUGUUGCCCAUGGGGUGGAAUCAUAUCUAACCCGCUUGCUCCUGGCUGAAGCCUAUGUCCCCAUGACCUCCUGAGUCUAGCAAACAUAGCGAAUUAGCAUUUCGCUAGCGAGCUGAGCUGUUUUAUAAGAAAACGACUGAUAUUAAUCAAACUCUGUAGCUAGCUAGCAAGCCCUCCUCGGCGACAACGUUAUUGUGGGCGCAGGAAUGUCAAAUUCGUAUUUUAAUUUGAUGUUAACUGUCAUUGAAGUUGGUGGUUACUACUGGUUUCAGAUCCGAGGCAAGAGAAAUUGGCCGUCAUGUAUUGGUAAGGGUUCAUAGUGAUGGCACGCACUCAAGAAGGCUCAACCAAUCACCCGAUGGGUUCUGUCGAAACCAUGAAUAUUCAUAAAAUUGCCCCCGCCUUGGCUGCCUGGGUAUUGUGAUGCAAUACUUCCCAUGAUAAUGUAGAAAUGUUAUUCAAAUGCUGCUAACUGAUGUGGCUCAUGCAAUGGAAUGUAUUUUUUGUAAUGUCAGUUGAUUUGAAUCAACAAAUCACAGCACAUAUUGAUGGGUACACUUCCUGCUUUUACUUCCUGCUUUGCUCCUAUGGGUACACUCGCAAUGGCUGCCAGUCCACCCAUUAUGCCAUAAUUGACUUGAAUGGGGACACCUAUGGCAGCACAUGCAGUUAGGAGAGGAGGUAGGGAGAAAAUGUGAGUCCCUAAAAAUGUUUUGUUGUUACGGAGACCAGUCAUUUGGCUGCCCAAUUAUUGUCAUCCAAAAUUCCAUGACCGCCACACUAUAGUCGUGGUCAAAAGUUGAGAAUAACACAAGUAUUGGUCUUCACAAAGUUCGCUGCUUCAGUGUUAUGAGAUAUUUUUGUCAGAUGUUACUAUGGUAUACUGAAGUAUAAUUACAAGCAUUCCAUAAGUGUCAAAUGCUUUUAUUGACAAUUACAUUAAGUUUAUGCAAAGAGUCAAUAUUUGCAGUGUUGACCCUUCUUUUUCAAGACCUCUGCAAUUCGCCCUGGCAUGCUGUCAAUUAUUUUCUGGGCCACAUCCUGACUGAUGGCAGCCCAUUCUUGCAUAAUCAAUGCUUGGAGUUUGUCCGAAUUUGUGUGUUUUUGUUUGUCCACCCGCCUCUUGAGGAUCGACCACACGUUCUCAAUGGGAUUAAGGUCUGGGGAGUUUCCUGGCCAUGGACCAACAAUUUCGAUUUUUUGUUCCCCGAGCCACUUAGUUAUCACUUUUGUCUUAUAGCAAGGUGCUCCAUCAUGCUGGAAAAGGCAUUGGUCGUCACCAAACUGUUCUUGGAUGGUUGGGAGAAGUUGCUCUCUGAGGAUAUGUUGGUACCAUUCUUUAUUCAUGGCUGUGUUCUUAGGCAAAAUUGUGAGUGAGCCCACUCCCUUGGCUGAGAAGCAACCACACACAUUAAUGGUCUCAGGAUGCUUUACUGUUGACAUGACACAGGACUGAUGGUAGCGCUCACCUUGUCUUCUCCGGACAAGGUGUUUUCCGGAUGCCCCAAACAAUCGGAAAGGGGAUUCAUCAGAGAAAAUGACUUUACCUCAGUCCUCAGCAGUCCAAUCCCUGUACCUUUUGCAGAAUAUCAGUCUGUCCCUGAUGUUUUUCCUGGAGAGAAGUGGCUUCUUUGCUGCCCUUCUUGACACCAGGCCAUCCUCCAAAAGUCUUUGCCUCACUGUGCGUGCAGAUGCACUCACACCUGCCUGCUGCCAUUCCUGAGCAAGCUCUGCACUGGUGGUGCCCCGAUCCCGCAGCUGAAUCAACUUUAGGAGACGGUCCUGGCGCUUGCUGGACUUUCUUGGGCGCCCUGACGCCGCCUUCACAACAAUUGAACCUCUCUCCUUGAAGUACUUGAUGAUCCGAUAAAUGGUUGAUUUAGGUGCAAUCUUACUCGCAGCAAUAUCCUUGUCUGUGAAGCCCUUUUUGUGCAAAGCAAUGAUGACGGCACGUGUUUCCUUGCAGGUAACCAUGGUUAACAGAGCUACCCUCUGACCUGUCCUGUUUGUGUGUCUGUCUGCUGCGUUGUGUAGCGUGAGGUGGAUCGUAGCUGGUUCAACCUGGAUGCCCAGGAGCUGCAACCCCUAUACUACAGAGAGAACCUGGAGGGGGAGGGCUGGCUGAGGACCCAGGGCUGCCCUGAAGAUGCCUGGAGCGGGGGCAGCUCUCUGCUCGUAGAGGGACUCAUACCCUCCAUGCUGACCAAAGUCUGCGCCAGGUAGGGGAGUGUGUGUGUGUUCAUGACGGCUAGUAUAUUCCUCUUACAGCUUUGAGGACUCAAAUGCUAUGGCCCUUCUCUCUCUCCCCCUCCCCUCCCAGGAUAUUUUCUCUCCAGGUACCUCUAUCCUCCAGGGUCUUUGUGUCUCUGAUCUAUAAGCCGUCUCCUGGGGUCACUGUCUCUCUGGAGUUAAAGACUACUGACGCUAAACUCUGCACACACAGUGGUGUUCAGGAUAUACCUAGUGAGUCAGUCAUAUCACACACAGUUGAGGAUAUACCUAGUGAGUCAGUCAUACACACACAGUUGAGGAUAUACCUAGUGAGUCAGUCAUCACACACACAGUUGAGGAUAUACCUAGUGAGGUCAGUCAUAUCACACACAGUUGAGGAUAUACCUAGUGAGUCAGUCAUAUCACACACACACAGUUGAGGAUAUACCUAGUGAGUCAGUCAUCACACACACACAGUUUGAUAUACCUAGUAAGUCAGUCAUCACACACACACAGUUCAGGAUGUACCUAAUGAGUUAGUCAUAUCACACAACACUGCUGGCUACACACACACACAAGUUGUAAUGUGUUGUAUUAUUAUUGAUGUGUGUGUGUGUGUUUGUAGCCAGCAGUAUUGAGCCUGCUGCUUUAACAGAGGACCACCCGUUGGUGAGACAGUUCUCUCAGAGCUGUGGACAGUGGAACCCAGACGGAUGGACUGUCAGGUAAGAAGACCUCUGGUGUGUGUGUGUGUUGGGUGUGGUGUGUGUGUGUGUGGUCAAAAGUGUGUGUGUUGGCGAUGCAGGGCUGUGCUCUGAGGAAUGUGUGAUAGGCUAGUAAUACUGUAGUAAUAACGUGUGUCUGAUAUAGGCUAGUAAUACUGUAGUAAUAACGUGUGUCUGAUAUAGGCUAGUAAUACUGUAGUAAUAACGUGUGUGAUAUAGACUAGUAAUACUGUAGUAAUAACGUGUGUGAUAUAGGCUAGUAAUACUGUAGCAACGUGGGUCUGAUAUAGGCUAGUAAUACUGUAGUAACCUGUGUCUGAUAUAGGCUAGUAAUACUGUAGUAACAUGUGUCUGAUAUAGGCUAGUAAUACUGUAGUAACGUGUGUCUGAUAGGCUAGUAAUACUGUAGUAGUAACGUGUGUGAUAUAGGCUAGUAAUACUGUAGUAAUAACAUGUCUGAUAGGCUAGUAAUACUGCAGUAAUAACGUGUGUCUGAUAUAGGCUAGUAAUACUGUAGUAAUAACGUGUGUCUGAUAUAGGCUAGUAAUACUGUAGUAGUAACGUGUGAUAUAGGCUAGUAAUACUGUAGUAGUAACGUGUGAUAUAGGCUAGUAAUACUGUAGUAGUAACGUCUGAUAUAGGCUAGUAAUACUGUAGUAGUAACGUCUGAUAUAGGCUAGUAAUACUGUAGUAGUAACGUCUGAUAUAGGCUAGUAAUACUGUAGUAGUAACGUGUGAUAUAGGCUAGUAAUACUGUAGUAGUAACGUCUGAUAUAGGCUAGUAAUACUGUAGUAAUAACGUGUGUCUGAUAUAGGCUAGUAAUACUGUAGUAGUAACGUGUGUCUGAUAUAGGCUAGUAAUACUGUAGUAAUAACGUGUGUCUGAUAUAGGCUAGUAAUACUGUAGUAGUAACGUGUGAUAUAGGCUAGUAAUACUGUAGUAGUAACCUCUGAUAUAGGCUAGUAAUACUGUAGUAGUAACGUGUGUGAUAUAGGCUAGUAGUACUUUAGUAAUAACGUGUGCGAUAUAGGCUAGUAAUACUGUAGUAGUAACGUGUGAUAUAGGCUAGUAAUACUGUAGUAGUAACCUCUGAUAUAGGCUAGUAAUACUGUAGUAGUAACGUGUGAUAUAGGCUAGUAAUACUGUAGUAGUAACGUGUGAUAUAGGCUAGUAAUACUGUAGUAGUAACGUCUGAUAUAGGCUAGUAAUACUUUAGUAGUAACGUGUGUGAUAUAGGCUAGUAGUACUUUAGUAAUAACGUGUGCGAUAUAGGCUAGUAAUACUGUAGUAGUAACGUGUGUGAUAUAGGCUAGUAAUACUGUAGUAGUAACGUGUGUGAUAUAGGCUAGUAGUACUUUAGUAAUAACGUGUGCGAUAUAGGCUAGUAAUACUGUAGUAGUAACGUGUGUGAUAUAGGCUAGUAAUACUGUAGUAGUAACGUGUGUGAUAUAGGCUAGUAAUACUGUAGCAAUGUGGGUCUGAUAUAGGCUAGUAAUACUGUAGUAACCUGUGUCUGAUAGGCUAGUAAUACUGUAGUAACAUGUGUCUGAUAUAGGCUAGUAAUACUGUAGUAACGUGUGUCUGAUAGGCUAGUAAUACUGUAGUAGUAAUGUGUGUGAUAUAGGCUAGUAAUACUGUAGUAGUAACGUGUGUGAUAUAGGCUAGUAAUAACAUGUGUCUGAUAGGCUAGUAAUACUGUAGUAAUAACAUGUGUCUGAUACAGGCAAGUAAUACUGUAGUAAUAACGUGUGAUAUAGGUUAGUAAUAACGUGUGAUAUAGGUUAGUAAUACUUUAGUAAUAAUGUGUGUCUGAUAUAGGCUAGUAAUACUGUAGUAGUAACGUGUGUCUGAUAUAGGCUAGUAAUACUGUAGUAGUAACGUGUGUCUGAUAUAGGCUAGUAAUACUGUAGUAAUAACGUGUGAUAUAGGUUAGUAAUACUGUAAUAAUAACAUGUGAUAUAGACUAGUAAUACUGUAGUAAUAACGUGUGUGAAAUAGUCUAGUAAUACUGUAGUAAUAAUGUGUCUGAUAUAGGCUAGUAAUACUGUAGUAGUAACGUGUGUCUGAUAUAGGCUAGUAAUACUGUAGUAAUAACGUGUGAUAUAGGUUAGUAAUACUGUAAUAAUAACAUGUGAUAUAGACUAGUAAUACUGUAGUAAUAACGUGUGUGAAAUAGUCUAGUAAUACUGUAGUAAUAAUGUGUGUGAUAUAGGCUAGUAAUACUGUAGUAAUAAUGUGUGUGAUAUAGGCUAGUAGUACUGUAGUAAUAAUGUGUGUGAUAUAGGCUAGUAGUACUGUAGUAAUAACGUGUGUCUGAUAUAGGCUAGUAAUACUGUAGUAAUAACGUGUGUCUGAUAUAGGCUAGUAAUAACAUGUGUGUGAUAUAGGCUAGUAAUACUGUAGUAAUAACGUGUGUGAUAUAGGCUAGUAAUACUGUAGUAAUAACAUGUGUCUGAUAUAGGCUAGUAGUACUGUAGUAAUAACGUGUGUCUGAUAUAGGCUAGUAAUACUGUAGUAAUAACAUGUGUCUGAUAUAGGCUAGUAAUACUGUAGUAAUAACAUGUGUCUGAUAUAGGCUAGUAAUACUGUAGUAAUAACGUGUGUGAUAUAGGCUAGUAAUACUGUAGUAAUAACGUGUGUGAUAUAGGCUAGUAAUACUGUAGUAAUAACGUGUGUGAUAUAGGCUAGUAAUACUGUAGUAAUAACGUGUGUCUGAUAUAGGCUAGUAAUACUGUAGUAAUAACGUGUGUCUGAUAUGGGCUAGUAAUACUGUAGUAAUAACGUGUGUCUGAUAUAGGCUAGUAAUACUGUAGUAAUAACGUGUGUCUGAUAUAGGCUAGUAAUACUGUAGUAAUAACGUGUGUCUGAUAUAGGCUAGUAAUACUGUAGUAAUAACGUGUGUGAUAUAGGCUAGUAAUACUGUAGUAAUAACGUGUGUGAUAUAGGCUAGUAAUACUGUAGUAAUAACGUGUGUCUGAUAUAGGCUAAUAAUACUGUAGUAAUAACGUGUGUCUGAUAUAGGCUAGUAAUACUGUAGUAAUAACGUGUGUGUGCAGGUGUUCCCAGUUGGAGCUGCAGGACUGUGCUCUGAGGGAUGUGUGUGUGAACGUGCUGCGUGAUGGCGGAGAUCAGAACACACCCUUCAAAUGCCGGGUCGGAGAGAUUAUGGUGAGAGAGACACCUUACCAUAGAAUUACCCAUCAACAGAAUCAUAUCUGUCCCAGACUCUUAGACCUGGGCCCUCAUUUAUCAAUAUUGCGUAAAAACUAUUCUAAAAUGCUACUUAUGAAGGGAAUUUAGAAUGUUCGUACGCAUUGGAAAAGUGUGAUUUAUCAAACAAUCCUAUGAGCGUCAUAGCACACCGUUGAUCAAUACCAAUGAACCGUUGAUCAAUACCAAUGAACCGUUGAUAAAUACCAAUUAACCAUUGAUAAAUACCAAUUGUUAUCAGCCUCAGUGCUCGUGCAUGACCUUGGCUAUUCGCAUUUCAAAACGCUCCUAUGGUCAAAAUCAUCCCUUUAAAGCCCAUGGGGAAUAUACAACACUGUACCAUAAAAUAUAACGACACAACCAGAGACUGAACUAGAGGUGCCUAGUGUCACGAGGUUGAGUACAACCAAAAUGUUUUAUUGGGCUCAGUUGUGGUUUGACCUGUAAAAAUGAAAACAUAGCUACGAAGAGAGGACCAUUAGGACAAUUCAAGUUGCUUUAGCAACGGCAAAUAUACUUCAAAUGAGUAGCUAGGCAACAUACACCAAUAAGCCAUACAUCCUCAACAGCUCCCACCUGUAAGCGUGUUGGCCAACACUGUUGUUCUGCAGAAUGAACGAGUCGUGAGUUCCACCUGGCCACCACAUUCAGCAGCAUCUUUUGAUCAUCACAUGACCUGUCACCUGCACAUUAAGAGUGGAAGCCUUGAUCAUCACAUGACCUGUCACCUGCUCAUUAAGACUGGAAGCCUUGAUCAUCACAUCACCUGCUCAUUAAGAAUGGAAGCCUUGAUCAUCACAUCACCUGCUCAUUAAGACUGGAAGCCUUGAUCAUCACAUCACCUACUCAUUAAGAAUGGAAGCCUUGAUCAUCAUCACCUGCUCAUUAAGAAUAGAAGUCUUGAUCAUCACAUUACCUAUCACCUGCUCAUUAAGACUGGAAGCCUUGAUCAUCACAUUACCUAUCACCUGCUCAUUAAGACUGGAAGCCUUGAUCAUCACAUUACCUAUCACCUGCUCAUUAAGACUGGAAACCUUGAUCAUCACAUUACCUAUCACCUGCUCAUUAAGACUGGAAACCUUGAUCAUCACAUUACCUAUCACCUGCUCAUUAAGACUGGAAACCUUGAUCAUCACAUUACCUAUCACCUGCUCAUUAAGACUGGAAGCCUUGAUCAUCACAUGACCUGUCACUUGCACAUUAAGACUGGAAGCCUUGAUCAUCACAUCACCUGCUCAUUAAGAGUGGAAGCCUUGAUCAUCACAUCACCUGCUCAUUAAGAAUGGAAGCCUUGAUCAUCACAUGACCUAUCACCUGCUCAUUAAGACUGGAAGCCUUGAUCAUCACAUGACCUGUCACUUGCACAUUAAGACUGGAAGCCUUGAUCAUCACAUCACCUGCUCAUUAAGAGUGGAAGCCUUGAUCAUCACAUCACCUGCUCAUUAAGAAUGGAAGCCUUGAUCAUCACAUUACCUAUCACCUGCUCAUUAAGAGUGGAAGCCUUGAUCAUCACAUGACCUAUCACCUGCUCAUUAAGACUGGAAGCCUUGAUCAUCACAUGACCUGUCACUUGCACAUUAAGAGUGGAAGCCUUGAUCAUCACAUGACCUGUCACUUGCACAUUAAGAGUGGAAGCCUUGAUCAUCACAUCACCUGCUCAUUAAGAGUGGAAGCCUUGAUCAUCACAUCACCUGCUCAUUAAGAGUGGAAGCCUUGAUCAUCACAUGACCUAUCACCUGCUCAUUAAGACUGGAAGCCUUUAUCAUCACAUGACCUGUCACUUGCACAUUAAGACUGGAAGCCUUGAUCAUUACAUCACCUGCUCAUUAAGAGUGGAAGCCUUGAUCAUUACAUGACCUGUCACCUGCACAUUAAGACUGGAAGCCUUGAUCAUCACAUCACCUGCUCAUUAAGAAUGGAAGCCUUGAUCAUCACAUCACCUGCUCAUUAAGACUGGAAGCCUUGAUCAUCACAUUACCUAUCACCUGCUCAUUAAGAGUGGAAGCCUUGAUCAUCACAUGACCUAUCACCUGCUCAUUAAGAGUGGAAGCCUUGAUCAUCACAUGACCUGUCACUUGCACAUUAAGAAUGGAAGCCUUGAUCAUCACAUCACCUGCUCAUUAAGACUGGAAGCCUUGAUCAUCACAUGACCUAUCACCUUCUCAUUAAGAGUGGAAGCCUUGAUCAUUACAUGACCUGUCACCUGCACAUUAAGACUGGAAGCCUUGAUCAUCACAUGACCUAUCACCUGCUCAUUAAGAGUGGAAGCCUUGAUCAUCACAUGACCUGUCACCUGCUCAUUAAGAGUGGAAGCCUUGAUCAUCACAUCACCUGCUCAUUAAGAUGGAAGCCUUGAUCAUCACAUUACCUAUCACCUGCUCAUUAAGAGUGGAAGCCUUGAUCAUCACAUGACCUAUCACCUGCUCAUUAAGAUGGAAGCCUUGAUCAUCACAUGACCUGUCACUUGCACAUUAAGAGUGGAAGCCUUGAUCUCAAUCACCUCUCAUUAAGAUGGAAGCCUGAUCAUCACUCACCUGCACAUUAAGAGUGGAAGCCUUGAUCAUCACAUACCUAUCACCUGCUCAUUAAGAGUGGAAGCCUUGAUCAUCACAUGACCUUCACCUGCUCAUUAAGAGUGGAAAGCCUUGAUCAUCACAUGACCUAUCACCUGCUCAUUAAGACUGGAAGCCUUGAUCAUCACAUGACCUGUCACUUGCACAUUAAGACUGGAAGCCUUGAUCAUCACAUCACCUGCUCAUUAAGAGUGGAAGCCUUGAUCAUCACAUGACCUGUCACCUGCUCAUUAAGACUGGAAGCCUUGAUCAUCACAUCCUGUCACCUUGUCACAUUAAGAUGGAAGCCUUGAUCAUUACAUCACCUGCUCAUUAAGAGUGGAAGCCUUGAUCAUUACAUGACCUGUCACCUGCACAUUAAGACUGGAAGCCUUGAUCAUCACAUCACCUGCUCAUUAAGAAUGGAAGCCUUGAUCAUCACAUCACCUGCUCAUUAAGACUGGAAGCCUUGAUCAUCACAUUACCUAUCACCUGCUCAUUAAGAGUGGAAGCCUUGAUCAUCACAUGACCUAUCACCUGCUCAUUAAGAGUGGAAGCCUUGAUCAUCACAUGACCUGUCACUUGCACAUUAAGAAUGGAAGCCUUGAUCAUCACAUCACCUGCUCAUUAAGACUGGAAGCCUUGAUCAUCACAUGACCUAUCACCUUCUCAUUAAGAGUGGAAGCCUUGAUCAUUACAUGACCUGUCACCUGCACAUUAAGACUGGAAGCCUUGAUCAUCACAUGACCUAUCACCUGCUCAUUAAGAGUGGAAGCCUUGAUCAUCACAUGACCUGUCACCUGCUCAUUAAGAGUGGAAGCCUUGAUCAUCACAUGACCUAUCACCUGCUCAUUAAGAGUGGAAGCCUUGAUCAUCACAUGACCUAUCACCUGCUCAUUAAGACUGGAAGCCUUGAUCAUCACAUGACCUGUCACUUGCACAUUAAGACUGGAAGCCUUGAUCAUCACAUCACCUGCUCAUUAAGAAUGGAAGCCUUGAUCAUCACAUCACCUGCUCAUUAAGACUGGAAGCCUUGAUCAUCACAUUACCUAUCACCUGCUCAUUAAGAGUGGAAGCCUUGAUCAUCACAUGACCUAUCACCUGCUCAUUAAGAGUGGAAGCCUUGAUCAUCACAUGACCUAUCACCUGCUCAUUAAGACUGGAAGUCUUGAUCAUCACAUGACCUGUCACUUGCACAUUAAGACUGGAAGCCUUGAUCAUUACAUCACCUGCUCAUUAAGAGUGGAAGCCUUGAUAAUUACAUGACCUGUCACCUGCACAUUAAGACUGGAAGCCUUGAUCAUCACAUGACCUAUCACCUGCUCAUUAAGAGUGGAAGCCUUGAUCAUCACAUGACCUGUCACCUGCUCAUUAAGAGUGGAAGCAUUGAUCAUCACAUGACCUGUCACCUGCUCAUUAAGGGUGGAAGCCUUGAUCAUCACAUUACCUAUCAGCUGCUCAUUAAGACUGGAAGCCUUGAUCAUCACAUUACCGAUCACCUGCUCAUUAAGAGUGGAAACCUUUUCUGUUCACAUACAGUAGUUGAAUUAGUUUUGGAAUGGUGUUUUUAUGGCGAUGUGGUCUAGUUCUCUGUUCAUAUUUGGGAACCCUGAUGGCAAAGAAACCCCUCGACUUCAACCUGUUUGUUUAGCUGAUGAUUGCAUCCAAAACGUCGGCUCAUCGAGGGCUGGGAGAUGCCGAUCGGCAUAGCACCUGGAUGUGCACCGGAAUGGCAUGUGUGCCUUUCUAAAGUAGGUCUUAAAUCCUCUCAAAGAUCCUAUAAGAUUGGUUUUAGGAAACGAUAUCUGAUGAGCCAAUCUGUACUUUCUGCAAAAAAGUCCCACCUGUCUCUAAAAAUGCACUCUCUGCAAAAUGCAGCGUGUGCCAGAUCCUCAAACAGAGCAAGAUCAGCCAUCUCUGGUUGGAUUUCCCAUUAUCUCAGUCUUUUAUGGUGUUUUAAUAAUAGUUUCACUUACACACGUGCCUCUAAUUGAACAAAUUACUGUACUUUAUAUGGAUUAUUAUCGUAACAAAUGCACUGAUGUUAUCAAAUUAGAUGAUACAGCCUGUCAAGAUACAGUACAUGACCAAAAGUAUGUGGACACCUGCUCGUCAAACAUCUCAUUCCAAAAUCAUGGACAUUAAUAUUGAGUUGGUCCCCCCUUUGCUGCUAUAACAGCCUCCACUCUUCUGGGAAGGCUUUCCACUAGAUGAUGGAACAUUGCUGCAGGGACUUGCUUCCAUUCAGCCACAAGCGCAUUAGUGAGGUCAGACACUGAUGUUGGGCAAUUAGGCCUGUCUCGCAGUCGGCGUUCCAAUUCAUCCCAAUGGUGUUCGAUGGGGGUUGAGGUCAGGGCUCUGUGCAGGCCAGUCAAGUUCUUCCACACCGAUCUCGUCAGACCAUUUCUGUAUGGACCUUGCUUUGUGCACGGGGGCAUUGUCAUGCUGAAACAGGAAAGGGGCUUCCCCAAACUGUUGCCACAAAGUUGGAAGCACAGAAUCAUCUAGAAUGUCAUUGUAUGCUGUAGUGUUAAGAUUUCCCUUCACUGGAACUAAGGGGCCUAGCCCGAACUAUGAAAAACAACCCCAGACCAUUUUUCCUCCUCCACCAAACUUUACAGUUAGCACUAUGCAUUGGGGCAGGUAGCGUUCUCCUGUCAUCCGCCAAACCCAGAUUCGCCCGUCGGACUGCCAGAUGGUGAAGCGUGAUUCAUCACUCCAGAGAACGCGUUUCCACCGCUCCAGAGUCCAAUGACGGCGAGUUUUACACCACUCCAGUUUCAUUUUGCGUUUAUAUUUUUGUUCAGUAUAACUGUUUGUACAUCUCAAUCAUUUGUAAGUGACUGAUUUGUGUAUCCGUGUUUCUUAUAAGCAGUCUGUCUUUGUCUCUACCCCUCUUUUGUCCUCCCUCCCCCCCUAGAUCCUGGAUGCUGAGUCCCUCUCCGUUCCUCCCCUCCCAGUCCAGAGUGUGUGUGUCUAUGACGUGGUGUGGCUGAGGGGCGCUGAUAAACUUCACCUCAACACCACCCUGCGCUGGCGCUACCCUGCCCAGCUCGUACGCCACUUCCUGGUGUACUGGCGCCGGGUGAGGGGUCCAGACCCCCGGAUCCCAUCUGGCAGGCUGGCCCUGAUUGGCCGAGCCUACUCCCCCUUGUUCCGGGUGACUGAGCUGGCGGUUCCGGAACCUCCGGGUCUUCUAGAACUGGUGGUGGAACCCGUAUCACGGGAGGGGUUCCGUGUUCCUGAGUCCCACUGGGGGAGGAGGAGUCUCAGUUAUACUGAGGAGAGAUCGGACCAAUCAUAAGAGACUAGAAGGGUAGCAACAUUUGGCUGCCCCAAAUGGCACCCUGUUCCCUAUAUAAUGCACUACUUUGGCCAGAGCUCUAUGGGCCCCGGUGAAAAGUAGCGCACUAUAUAGGGAAUAGGGUGCUAUUUGGGACGCACUACUGGACUUGCUACUCCUCUUCCUUUCCAAAACGCUUCCUGUCUCCUGUCCAAUCAGUGA